AUGGCCUCCCAUGAUAUGGUUUGUAAUGGGGUAAGACGCAGGAUUAGAGAUGGGAAAUCAACAUUGAUCUGGGGUCACCCCUGGUUACCUGAUGACCCAAGUCCCAUGAUUCAAACCACCAUGCCUGCAGGUUUGAAUGGUUCAUUGGUCUCUGGCUUAAUAGAUGAAGGUUCAGGUAUGUGGGAUCACACGAUUUUGACAGACAUUUUUCUACCUAAUGAUGUGAACCGUAUUCUAAAAAUCCCAAUAUCCCCUGGCUAUGAGGAUUCUUGGUUCUGGUAUGGUGACCCACGGGGCUGUUACUCCGUUAAGAAUGGCUAUAGGUAUAUUAUGGGUGAAUGUGAUAAUAACCCCAUGGUGUUUGAUAGAUGGAAUCUCAUGUGGAAAAUCAAAGUACCACCAAAAUGGAAAAUUUUCUUACGGAGAGCCCUUAAUGAUAUUCUCCCUGUUACUACAACUUUGGCUUUAAAAAGGGUAGAGGUGGAUCUAUCAUGUCCCAAAUGUGGUUUAACACAUGAAGAUGUUAUGCAUGCACUCCUUUUAUGUGAUUAUUCUCAACUUGUUUGGAAUGAAUUCACCUUGCCUUUAUCAUCUAUUUCGGGUGACACUUUUACUCAAUGGUUUUCGAAUGUUUUGAUUAGUUUGACUGAGGAAGAUGUGGGUUUGGUUGUGGCAGCUCUUUAUUUCAUCUGGAGAGCAAGAAAUACAGCAUUAUGGGAUCACAAUCUUCCCACUCCCAGAAAGGUGUUACUCCAGGCGUCAAAGGCCUUGAACGAUUGGAGGGGUGUUCAUUGCCGCGCAACAGCUACUGCCGCUCCCCCACAACAUAUUCCCAUGCAACCUGCUGUCCAGCUAGCGGUUUCCGACGGUACUGGCGCGGCGGCGUUAAAUCUACAGCAGUGCUAUUUCGAUGCGGGGUAUCAACCCGACUCUGCGAAGGCAACUUUUGGAGCGGUUUUGUUCUCGCAGGAGGGGGAAUUCGUUUCAGCUUGUGCAGGUGCUUUGCCGGAUUGUUUCAACCCAUUCAUGGCGGAGGCCAAUGCUUGCAAACGGGUGCUGUUGUGGCUGCAGAACAUGGGAAUUACAAGCGUUCAGCUGCUCACGGACUGCAUACAAUUACGGAGUGUCUUAACAACGGUGCAACCUUCUUUUUGA